AUGCCACGUCCCUCGAGGGGCGUCGGGCAGUCCGCAUCUGACGCUGCUUCUGCAGCAGAAUUUGCAGCCAAAAAGUACGUCUGGAUCCCUGAUCCAAAUGUCGGCUACCUGUCCGCCUGGGUCAUCAAAGAGGAAGGCGAUCAGUCCCUCUGCGCCUUGCAAGAUGGCUCGAACCGUACCGUCCCCACUUUUGAGCUCAGCAAGAUGAAUCCGCCCAAGUUCGACAAGGUCGAGGAUAUCGCCGACCUCACCUUCCUCAACGAAGCCAGUGUCGUGCACAAUUUGCGGCAGAGGUACUUUAGCUCGCUCAUUUACACCUACUCAGGCCUCUUCUUGGUCGCCGUCAACCCAUAUCGCUCGUUGCCCAUCUACACCGAUGCCAUUGUCGCUGCCUACAAGGGCCGUAGAAGAGAGGAGAACGCUCCGCACGUCUUUGCACUCGCCGAUGAGGCUAUGCGCAACAUGAUCGACAAUCGCGAGAACCAAAGUCUGCUCGUCACCGGCGAAUCAGGUGCCGGAAAGACCGAAAACACAAAAAAGGUCAUCCAGUAUCUCGCCGCCAUCGCCGCCGACCCCGCCGCUCACGGCUCCCAGUCGCCUGCCAACUCGCUCACCCCUUCCUCGUCACGAGAAGUCCUCGACCGCAUCAAUGGUGUACAGCCUGUCGCCUCAAAGCGUCUCGGCCUUCUCGAGCGUCAGAUUUUGCAAGCAAACCCCAUCCUCGAAGCCUUCGGUAACGCACAGACCAUCCGCAACAACAACUCGAGUCGUUUCGGAAAGUUUGUCCGCAUCGAAUUCACAUCCGUAGGAGCCAUUGCUGGCGCAAACAUCGACUGGUACCUCUUGGAGAAGAGCAGAGUCGCCAUUCGAAGCGAGAACGAGCGAAGCUUCCACAUCUUUUACCAGCUCUUGCGCGGUGCCGAGCCCGAGCUCAAGCAAAAGCUUUUGCUUACCAGCUCUGCCGACGACUACGCUUACCUCAAGGGCACUCGUAAGCACGUCGAAGGUGUCGAUGACAAUGCCGAAUGGAAACUGCUGCGCGAUGCACUCAACACCGUCGGCUUCACUCCCGAAGAGCAGCUCAACCUCUUCCGUGUGGCUGCUGCCAUCCUGCACAUCGGCAACAUCCAGCUUGCCACCGACCGUUCCGAGCAGGCUCGCAUCACCAACAUGCCUCAGGUCGAGAAGAUCUGCCACGUGCUCGGCUUACCGCAGCAAGAGUUCGCUAAUGCCCUUCUCCGACCGCGCGUCAAGGCCGGCCGCGAAUGGGUUACCUCAGCAAGGACCAUGCGUCAGGUCUCUGAGGAGAUGGCUGCACUCAGCAAAACCCUCUACGAGAAGGCCUUUGGUUGGCUCGUCGACCGCAUCAACAAGGCGCUCGAUCGACCCACCAGCAAGAGCAGUUUCAUUGGUGUCCUCGAUAUUGCCGGCUUCGAGAUCUUCGACGUCAACAGCUUCGAGCAGCUUUGCAUCAACUAUACCAACGAGAAGCUCCAGCAGUUCUUCAACCAUCACAUGUUUGUCUUGGAGCAGGAAGAGUAUGCGCGAGAAAACAUCGAGUGGGACUUUGUCAACUUUGGCCUCGACCUUCAACCCACCAUCGACCUCAUCGAGUCCACCACGCCGAUCGGCAUCCUUUCGUGCCUCGACGAGGAGUGCAUCAUGCCCAAGGCCACAGAUCUCACCUUCACCGAAAAGCUCAACCGCACCUGGGGUACCAACAAGGACGGCUCGGCAAUGGACGCCGCUGGUGCUGCCAUGGCGGCCGAGAAGGGUCUAGCUCACGGUUCAACCAAGUUCGGGCGCACUCGAUUCGCCUCAGGCUUUGUCGUCAAGCACUACGCAGGCGAUGUCGAGUACCGCACCGACGGAUGGCUCGACAAGAACAAGGAUCCUCUCAACGACAACCUCACCCGUGUCAUGUCCGAAUCCAGUGACCGCUUCAUCGCCUCGCUCUUUGCCGAGUACGCCGAGGUCGACGAGGAGACUUCGCUCGCCUCCGCACCUAGGCGUCGCGUUAAGCGUGGUGCUUUCCGCACUGUCGGCCAGAGGCACAAGGAGCAGCUCAACUCGCUCAUGGCUCAGCUUUCUUCGACACAGCCACACUUUGUUCGCUGCAUCGUUCCCAAUCCUGAAAAGAAGCCGGGCAAGAUGGAUGUGCCGCUCGUACUCGAGCAGCUCCGCUGCAACGGUGUCCUCGAAGGUAUCCGCAUCGCCCGUCUCGGAUAUCCAAACCGACUCCUCUUCUCCGAAUUCAGGAAUCGCUACGAAGUCUUGACUCCCGGCAUCAUUCCUCCAGGCUACAUGGACGGCCGCAAAGCUUGUCAGAGGAUGGUCGAGUCGCUCGAGCUCGACAAAUCGACGUUCAAGAUCGGCACUUCCAAGGUCUUCUUCAAGGCCGGUGUGCUCGCCGAGAUGGAAGAGCGCAGAGACUCGCACCUCUACGACAUCUUCAGCCGCUUCGGCGCUGCCUGCCGUAUGUACACCGCUCGCCGCCAGAUGAAGAAGAUCCUCAACCGUGCAGCGGCCGUGCGCACGGUGCAGCGCAAUGCGCGUCUCUACGUCGAACUGCGCGAAUGGCCGUGGUGGCAGCUCUACACGCGUGUCCGACCGCUGCUCACAGCCACCAGGCACGACGAGGAGCUCAAGCGGAAGCAGCUCGAGCUUGCCAUGGUGACCGAACGUGCCGAGCGAGACCAGAAGGAACGCGAAGCACUCGAGGCGCUCAAAUUCCAGCUCGAGUCUGAAAAGCGCAAAAUCGAGGAACAGCUCCAAUCAGAGCGAACCCUGUUGCUCGACAAGGAUCAAGUCUUGGCUCGUUCCAAAGAGCGCGAGUCGGCUCUCGAAGAUGAUCUGGCAGCGCUUCAAGGCGACGUGGAUCUGCUCGAGGGUCAGCUCGAGAAGGCUCUUGCGUCCCAAAGAGCAACGGAGCAAGCUCACGCGGAGCUGAAGCAGGCCUUCGACCAGGCUGCCGAUCAUCUGCUGCGACUCGAAGCAGAGCAGAAAGCCUGGAAGCAGAAGGAAGACACCUUCAUGCGCGAUCUCAGCACACACAGCACCAACGCAGAGCAAUUCCGUUCUGAGCGCCAAGCUUUCGCCGCGGAGAGGGACGACUUGUCCCGCAAGCUGCAAGAAAAGGAGCAGGAUGUCGACCGCGCCCACAAGCGCAUGCUGGCUGCCGUGCAGGAAGUCGAAGCGAAGUUGCUCGCCGAAGCCAAUGGUCGUCAAGAGGAGCAGAAGCGCGCGUUGCAGCUCGAGGAUCAAUCGCGCCAGUCGUCCUACCAGCUUUCGGAGCUGCAGCGUGUCGCUGCAAGCCACGAGACUCGUGUCAAGGACAAGGAGCAGGAAGUUGGCCAGCUGCAGAAGCAAGUCUCGGAUCUCUCUCGAGAGCGCGAAUCCCUCACCAAACAGCUCGAAGAGCUUGGCCUCAAGCUCAACACGUUGACGUUUGAUGUCAAUUCGGUGAAAGACGAACACGCCAAGACGAGCGAAGCCAGAGCUGCUCUUCAAAGGGAGCUUGACGAGACUCGACGACUGAUGGAGGCAAAGAGCUCUGAAGAUGUCAAGACAAAAGAGGUCCAUCGUAUGAAGGAGCAAGAGUUGCAGACGCUGAGAGAGCAGAUGGCCAGUGUUCAGCGGGAGCUUUCCGAGUCCAAGCAUUCCAGUCUGGAGCAGAUCUCGGCUUUGCGCGCAGAGAUUUCGGCGGCGCAAAAAGAAGCACAGUCCCACGGCGCUGCACGACAAGGCGCCGAGGUCCAGGUGCGCGACGCUGAAGUACGCGUCCGAGAAGCCGAUGCCAAGAUCGCUGCUGCCGAAAAGGCCAAGCGUGAAGCCGAGGCGAAGCUGCAGGAAGCGCAGAGCAAAUCCGCCGUCAUCAAUCGUGGCCUGCAGGACGCACUGAAGAACAAAGACAUGCUGGAGAAGCAGCUGGCAGCGUCCGCCACCAAGCACCAAGAUCUCGAAGAUGCUCUGCUCGAGCUGGAGCGAAACGAAGCCAACUGGAAGCACAAGGCUGACCAGGUGGCUGUUGAGCUCAGCACCGAAUCCAAACGACGCGAGUUGCUCGAGCAGGCGCACAAGCAGGCCGAACGCAACGCCAACAGCUUGCAGCAGCUGGUCGCAGGCAAAGACAAGGAGAUCAGCGGGCUCAAGCAUGAAUUGACGCUGGUGCAGCAGGAGAUGCGCAAGCUGCAAUCCAUGCAGAACAAGACCAUCGUGGAGCACGUCCAUGUGCUCGAAGAAGCGAAGAAGUACACCGAUCGACAGCUGGCAGAUGCGCAGUCCAAGUUGCAAGAACUAGCACACUACACAAAGACGCUGGAGAAGAGCAAGACUCGACUUGCGAACGAGAACGAGGAUCUGACGCGCGAAGUCACGCGGCUUCAACGAGCGGCUGGCGGUGCAGUGGCGGCUUCACCGACGGUCGGGAACGGCCUGCGUGGAGCUGUUACGACGUACGGAAACGUCGCGCCUUCUGCGAAUGGCGACGCUAAAUCGGUCAAGAAGCUCGAAGAUAAAGUAGCGGAAUUGACUUCGUCGCUCAAGCAGGCGCAACAGCAGAGGGACGAAGCCCUGUCGAAUGCGCGUCGCAAGGAUCUUCAAGCGGAUGAGAUGGUGUCUCGCACCAGACGACAAUUCGAAACGCACAUUCAAGAGCUGGAACGACAGCUGAAGAAUUCGCAGAUCGCGAGGAGUACGACGAUGACGAAUUUGGAGGAGUUGAUUCUGGCGGGACACGGAUCGCCGCAAGUGACCGGCGGAAGCAGCGACGGGUUGAGGCAUCAGAUUUUGGACGAGUUGAGACGCGGCCACGAAGAGCUGGAGCAGGAUAUUGCGGCCAAGAGCGAUCUGCUGAGGAACCACAAGACUGCUCCCACGAACGGCAUCUCUGCUCCCACCAGAGGUUCGAGCAGCUACUACGUCUACGACAAGCCCCGAUCCAACCACGCCAGCAACGGCUCCUCCUCCUCCUCCAACACCUCGGACCUUGAAACGAAGCUCGCCGAAAUGACACGAGCCUACAACGAGUCGCUCUCCAACCAACGUUCGACGCAAACCCAAAUGGCGUCGCUCGUCACGCAGAUCCGAGACCUGCAAUCCGGACUCGACGAAAGCGAGCUCAAGUACGACCAGCUCGCAGCUGCCUACCAGAGUCUGAUCCAAGAGGCAGGUGUGGACGAAGGAAUGAUCGAAAGCCUCCAAUCCACGCUGGAGAAGUACAAGAGUCAGGCGGAUAAGCAUAUGGAGAGUUGGAGGAGCAGCACCAUGGAGCUGGAACGUCAGGCCAAGAGUCUCAAGAGUUCGGUGGGGAGGGGCAGAGGCGGAAGUGUGGUCGGAGAGAUGAAUGCGAUGGGUAGUCCGAGCAGAAGUGCUUUGAGUAUGCGUUAG